UUAGAAAUAUUUUGACUGGCCAAUGCAAACUUGAUAACGGUAUACUUUGCAAACUUUGUAACUUUACGGUUAAUAUUGCUACUUAUUGUUUUUAUUAUUUUAAUUUGGUACAGCUGAACGUGAAAGUUGCAGCCCAUAUUCUGAUAUAAGAAAUGCCCGUCACAGUCUGUGAUUUCUUGUUAGUGUUAAAGUUCUGCUGGAAGCUCUACAAAUGCCUGAAAAAAGGAGUUUAUAAAAUCAGCCAUGAGGACCAAGUGAAGUUAUGCAGACGUUUUCAUUUAACAUACGUGAAGCAUCUUGUCAACAAAAAUUACAGGAAGGAAUCUAAAGACAGAACCUGGAAGCAAACGAUACAGUCAAAGAUAAUGCGACCAGUACCAGGCUUCCGAUUUCCUAUAACUAUCUUGAUCACAAUCUUUAUGUCAAGUGUUAUGUUGUACAUGGUUGGUCUAUACUGUGCAAUGUUUAUGGAGAUUGAAGCAAAAUUAUACUUCACAGACUUUGUAGAUCUUUUACAAGCCGCGAAUGUAGUUGCUACAAUAAUAACAAUAAUGUGUGGAAUCAGGAACAUCUAUCUCUUCCUCAUGAACUAUAGGCGAGAUAUGUUACUCUUGUACAAAGGUGAUAGAAGUUUCGUUCCAAAUACUGUACAAACACCAUCACAAAAUGUUUACAUGGCUCAAGGGAUGAGAUAUAUAGGAACUUCAAUAACUGGAAUGCUUUGGGGUACAGUGUUUUGCUUUCUACUGGUGUAUGUACCAUUAGCGUUAAUGAUGGUGACCAUCAAACUCCUUGGUCAGAGAGAGAAACUUGACGACAUGUGGAAACAGUUCCAGUGGCUCAUUUAUCCCGCUUGCAUGGUUGUAAUUUUCAAACUGCAAGUUUUCUUAAUUGGUCGAUUUUUCAUUCAACCGAAACUUGGUGUUGAGGACAAGUAUAGACCGUUAGCUGUUGAUAAUAGGAAUGCUUACGACGUCUUUAGUUUCUUCAUGAUUUUUCUCAAUGCCAGCAUUGGAUUGUUUGCUUUCCUGAAACGAAUUUUGGUCGGUGCCUUUCUUGGUGUGUUUCUGAUUCCACGGAUGGACAGAAGUUUGCUAAUGCGAGGUUAUGAAGCAAUGGAUAAAUGUUACGUUAAUUACAUCGGCAUGCUAAUGGUCGACGUAUCCCACAAUCAUCCUGUUAUGCGCGUCUUCUGUUUUCUGGUGAAGUCUGAUGUGGAAAACAGGCGGGACAGAAAACCGUUACGGUCCGCAGUAGAAAAUGCUGAAUAUGGAAAUUUGAGCUUCUCCGAACAUAUUCCUACACUUACAAGAAACAGCAGAGCAAAGAGGAGAUGGUGGCUUGCAUUUACUUUGAUUCGGAACCCGUCAAUAGUGGCAACGCGAGUUCGUGAAUCUAAGAAUGAAUCUCCACGUGGAGCUACUGUAGAGGUCACAGACAUCACAUGGUCUGAUAAAACAACAAAUGUAGAUCAAGACCAGUCAGCGGACACCUGGGGAUUUUCUAUAACGUGUUGUAAAAAAUAUAAAUUUAAGAUCCCGCCAAAUAUUGUGACCAAUUUCAUUGCUCUGAUUGUACUUCUGUCAGUGCUUGUCAUUUACACCGGUCUGCCUUUGUUGAUUAAUGAUAUCAUGGAAGAGGCAGCAAGGGAAUUGUAAAAUGUGUAGAAUUGACUUACAUAGGAAUACUAUUUGUAAAGAUACGAAGUAUUUGCAUUUAUUUAUUGCCUUAAGAUGACAGUGCCAAUCAGUGGGCGCUAGUGCAGAAACAUACCUUACAAAUUGAAUACAUAAAAACACAUGCACAUAUGUCAGCAGUUAUUGCUGUAUUCGCAUAAACUAAAAAUAGAUAUACAUUGGAAAUAUGGAUAUAAAAUUUUUCGGCGUACAUGUCUUGCCUGUAGAACUAUUGACCUGAUUAUUUUUUCAGUGUAGUAUCUUCUCCGCACAGACUUUACGGUAUCACACUAGAAUGAAAUUGAUUUUAGGAAGUGUCUAACUGUCCAGUAGUCCGCCGGUAACGAGACGUCUAGCCUGCGUUCUAUCCGUCCGGUUAGCGUCUACCAUGUCUCAGUCUGCUUCUAGCCGUCUUGUUAGCGUCUGUCGUGUCUCAGCCUGCGCUCUAGCCGUCCGGUAAGCCUCUAAUGUGUCUCAGCCUGCGUUCUAGCCAUCCGGUAGGCGUCUGAUGUGUCUCAAUAAAUGCGUUCUAGCCGUCCAGUUAGCGUCUGUAGUGUCUCCAUAAUUUUUUGUUGCAGAAUGACAGACCUAGCUUUUAACAAUCGGUUCAAAGUUUGGUGUGUCAGAAUAUUUUGUAUAUUUGAUGUAUUGAUAACGUAACACAUAAGCACAGAUAGUGCUUGACUCCCUUUUCAAGUUAUAAUUUGAUAUAUGUAUUGUUGAAUUGCUGUUAGUGAUAGAAUUGAGUCAUUUGUAGCUAAUUUGGGUUCAUUAUGUUGAUAGCUGGAUCCCAAGAUUACACAUUGUGUCCUAUACAAUAGUUAAAGGGAACCAGAUAUUUGUUAGAGCAAGUACCCGUUGUGAAAUACUAUGUACAAAUUUGGACCAAUCAGAAACAAGUUCUAUAAAUAGCACCAAUCAAAGCUCACGUCUGCCAGGGUAUAAAUAGGUGGAUGAAUGACAGAGAGAUCAUUAGGUAUCCAGCGAUCGAAGAAGACACAUCGAGGAUUUAACUAAUAAUUUAUCCCAGUAUCUUGAUGAGGAAGUUAUUGCAACAGCACUCUCAGGGCGGAUAAAUUUUUAAAAAGAAAACGUUUGAAGUUCAUAGACAAAAGAAAAGUUUCUGAAUUCCAACAAGAUUUCGAACUAUAGGGCCAACGCAUAGGAGUUAUACCUGAAGGGUAGUUGAAUGCUAUAGACGAUAGCAAAUAUUUUUUUUUGUUUUUUUUUUUGGAACCACGUUAAAGGCCCGUUUUUUCAUCACAAAAUUUACAUUUCAAUAUAUAACAUAUACAACAUUAAAAUAUUCACAUAUUACAUAUAACAUUCAAAGAUUUCUCCUACUUUUAACAUAUAUAACAUUCAAAGAUUAACAUGUACAUGUCAUUUUCUAGAAAAACGUAGUUCAACCUUACUUUAAAAGGAAAAAGAAACCUCUUUAAUAAGUACUAUCAGGUUACUGAAACAUACGAAAGAAGUACAAAGAAAGAAGAAAUGAUUAAGCUGUAUUGAUUAUUCUAAACAAUUGAAAAACAAUUUACUAUUCUAAUGGCAGAUUAUAAUAUUAAAUGUUGAUUAAGUAUGUGGACUGACAAUAAAAAACUGUACAACUGCCCAGUUAUCUCUUUCUAUUUCUUUUAUAUUGGUGCUUCUGUAUACUUGCCAGGCACAAUUCAAAUACCCUUUUAAACCAUAAAAACUUGGUACAAU